GCGCUCCAUCCUCUGCAUCGCUCCCCUCCCCCCACCUCUUUUUUUGCAGCAUCAGUACCGCGUUCGGAAUCGCAUUCGUGUGCUGGAGUCAGAGCGCGCUGCGGGGCAUCACUGCACCGCCACGGAGGACGCACCAUCACUGAACCAGGAACAGGGAGAAGGAGAGAAAAAGGCGUGAAAUAGCGCAGAGGGGGAAACCAGGGCGCUCGGUUUUUUCUCAACAUCACCCAAAUCUGUGGAAAACUACAGGAGCCAGACGCUUGAUAUAAUAAAGACACAAACGCAGCGGACAUCUCAAGCGACGUUUUUGGCCAGCACGGCGGGGAAAAAUGAAGGAUCGCACGCAAGAACUACGAAGUGCUAAGGACAGUGAUGAUGAUGAGGAAGUCGUUCAUGUUGACCGAGACCACUUUAUGGAUGAAUUCUUUGAACAGGUGGAGGAGAUCCGUGGCUGUAUUGAAAAGCUGUCAGAGGAUGUGGAACAGGUGAAGAAGCAGCACAGCGCGAUUCUAGCAGCACCCAACCCUGAUGAAAAAACCAAGCAGGAGUUGGAGGACCUCACAGCUGACAUAAAGAAGACAGCCAAUAAAGUGCGCUCUAAAUUAAAAGCAAUCGAACAAAGUAUCGAGCAGGAGGAAGGUUUGAACAGAUCGUCUGCAGACUUGCGAAUCCGCAAGACACAGCAUUCCACGCUGUCACGCAAGUUUGUUGAAGUGAUGACGGAGUACAACACCACGCAGUCCAAAUACAGGGACCGCUGCAAGGACCGCAUUCAGAGACAACUGGAAAUUACUGGCAGAACAACUACCAAUGAGGAACUUGAAGACAUGCUGGAGAGCGGGAAGCUGGCUAUCUUCACUGAUGAUAUCAAGAUGGACUCUCAGAUGACCAAGCAGGCACUAAAUGAGAUCGAGACCCGACACACUGAGAUCAUUAAGUUGGAGAACAGCAUUCGUGAGCUGCACGACAUGUUUGUGGACAUGGCCAUGUUGGUGGAGAGUCAGGGAGAGAUGAUUGACAGAAUUGAGUAUAACGUGGAGCACUCUGUGGACUAUGUAGAGAGAGCAGUUUCAGACACCAAGAAGGCUGUCAAAUACCAGAGUCAGGCACGCAAGAAGAAGAUCAUGAUCAUCAUCUGCUGUGUAAUUUUGGGAGUGGUUUUGGCGUCCAGUAUCGGAGGAACACUGGGCUUCUAAACGACACCAAGAGAGAAGAAACAUUCGGAGAGCUGAGUGCUUUACCAUUUAAACACGAAAUGAGGAAACUGUCAUAAAUGGGGGUUGGGUAGGGUUAAAAGCCGAAUAUUCAAAAUCAUACCAUCGAAAACAAAAUAAAUAACAAAGGAGAUGUUACGUACUAGCUGAUUUAAAUAUAUACAAAAGUGGGUUCAAAUAAACGUAAUAUUUACAAAGUGUACAUGUAAAUGUAUUGAACAUAAAAGCAGCACAUGGGUUACUACCUGUAAAGGAAUAAAAUCAACUUUUUGUUUUUAUUUUAUUUUUCUAGCGUUGCUUUCAUUUUUGGGGGGGCAUCCAGGACAGUGCCAGGAACUGCUAAAUUAAUUUAUGUUCCAGCAGAACUCGGUGUUUGGCAAACCAUAAAUGCAUUAAGAAUACUAACCUACUGACUGCAUAAAUGUUAGACAAUAGUCAUAGUCAGACGUUCUGAGCGAUUGCUUACAUUCAAAUGAAAUCUCUCAUUGUUACGUUAUUAGAAAACCGAUUAACAGUUGGACUGCUCUAGUUUAAAUGCAUCAACCUCAUAGCGGAAUUUCUUCGUAGUUUUAUUGUGGGCAACCAAAAACAAGAAACGAAUAAAAACAUGAUCUAAGAAGAAGCACACAUCAUUUAAUUAUCGUGACAGGAAGUGACAUCACUACGUUUGUACAUAGAAGUGAUUUUUUGUGGCCUUGCCGCCAACUUCAUUUGCUGUACUGCACUGCCGAUAGUUGGCAGUGAAGAAACUGACAUUUUUUUAGGUUUAAAUGUCGCCACAUCGUCACACGUUUAGAAAGCGACACUUGGAUUGGUAGGGUGGCAUUGUGUAAACUGUCCAACUAUGCAGUUUUGAUAGCGAAAAGCGCCCCAGAUUUUUUAUUUAAACUGCGCUGAAGGACCUACAGAAGGAUAAAGAAAGACAGAUAAAACAGAGACACAGUGUAUUUGUCUAUACUGUUCUAGAGAUUUCUUACAGGAACAUUUUAAAACAGAAAAUUUUAAGACAACGUCAAUACUUGAAGCAAUGCCUAGCCUAAAUAUUAUCUUUUGGAGAGUGGUCGGUUCCGCUAGAGUUUAUUUUCCUUAGUUUCACAGUUAUUAUUUGCGUCAUACAGAGGUUUAUUUAUAUGAUCAUUUAAACGAAACGUUUAGACUGGACAAAUACGGUUUUGAGGGAUUAAAUAGAUUCAAGAGUUUGCUUGAUGUUGUUCAUCUUGGUGCUAGUUAUCGAUGAGACUCGUAAAACAAAACGUUCGAAAUUACUGGGACAAGGCAGAUACCCCACAUUAAAUUCUACAUAUCUUAAAAAAAUCGGUUAUUUCGUAUGUCGUAAUGUUCAUCAAGCUACGUUCAACACGUAACUAGUCAAAAUAUAUUUUAUGCAGUGACUAAAUAUAUAGAGAUUUAAGCAAAUUUUAUAUAACCUAAUGCCCAUGCUAGUACCUUCCCAAGAUCUCAAGAUGAAACUAGCUUAGAUUUUCUCAUGGUUUGUCCAAAGAUUUUUUUUAAAUACAAAGCAAACAGCUGGAUCGAUUUGUUGCAUUUUUUUCUUUUAGUUUUUUAUAUUUUAGACAGAAAGUGCCAGCUUGGUGAAUUACGUACUGCUUGUUUUAAAUUUAAGGGCUAAAAUUCAAAACCAAACUUUAGCUCUGUUUUCUGUUUGUUGAUAUAAAUUCACAAUCCCUCUUUGCUCGAUUAGUCUCAGACAAUACCAAGAGAUUAUGCGCUUAGAAAGUCCUUUUCUCCUCAUUGUUAAACAACGUGUAUAUGAAAAAAGUGCACUCCUUUUUCCAAUAUUUCCAUGUACUGCUUAUUACAGAAUAUAUAACAGGAGCCCCCCCACCCCCCACCCUCUUAUCUACCCAAAGCAAAGUAGUGGGGAACAGGAAAGAUUUGGGGAUGUAUACUGUAUACUUUUUACAAAGCCUGAGGCAGAGGCCGGGACUAUUUUGCUUUAAUCAUUUCAGUAAUGUCCAGCAUGUUUUCUUUGAAACUUCUGUGUAUUGAGUGUCAAAUCACUUACAUGUAUGGUAAAAUGAGGUAAAUAUGUAUGUCGGUGUUGUUUUUAGUAGAAGAUAGAGCUGGAAGGCCCUUAUUUGUUAACGCAUGCAACUUUCUCCUUGUUAGUUUGCAUGGCUCUCUAUCAUGUGUGCACUUUACAAUCAAAGAAAACAAUGUCUUACGCCGCCACAUUUUUUUUGGGGUUGUACUGUUUAUCGCUUUGUUAACGUUUGCUUUUGUUAUUUUUUAUUAUUUAUCUCUAAGGGUCGGAUGGGGGAAUCGACAUCAUUUAAUAGUUUUGCUGGCCGUGUCAUUAUGACCCCGAUGAUGCUGGAGUUUUACCGUGGUCCCCAUGAAUGUGUUCCCUGUGGAUGUGCGCACCGAUACAAAUUUUUCGUUUGUUGCCGGGUAUUUCGCUCCUUACCAUCCAUAGUGCAAAAAGACGUACUUCCCCCCUCCUCACCCUCUGAAAACAUUCCGGUUAAAAUGAUUUAUUAUUCGUUUCUGCAUUACCCCGAUGUUACCCAACUUGAUCGUUGUGCUUAAUUGGUGAUGAUACGUGAAUUUUUCGUACAGACGAUUGUUUAUUGUGAGUCGUGUGCUGCGGUGUCGAAUUGUGCAACUCAAAGGCCACGUGUGCGUGCCCCCGUUCCCCUCGCCAUUUUCCUUUUUUACACACACAUUGCUGUAUAGUGAGCAUGAGCGUUUUGUGUGUGUGUGCGGUUGUGUGUGUGCUCGUCUGCUCUUGAAGCCCUAAGCAGUGUCAGCGUAUAGGGGUUCCUCUGGUCUGCAGGUCUAUAGUUUGCAGCUACAGAGUCCCGGUUUUGUGCGACUUCAUUAAAAUGUUGAGAAAAGUAAUAAGAUUUAAAAGCCAAAGCAUUAUGCGAGUACAGAGCACAAUGGUACAGUCAACUGUAUUGUGUAGUCCUCUUCGCCUGUAAGUCUUGUAACCACUUGUUUUCAAUUGCAAUGCAUUCAAACCACAAGGUUCUCAUAAAGGUUUUGAAUUUGUCCAUUUUUAUUUAUUUAUCAAGAAUAUGUAUAAUGUGUACUACCAAGCUUGUUCGUUUUAAAGCACUUUCUCCUAAAACAGCUGCGUACAAAACAAAUAUUUCCCAGCAAUGUCCAAAUUUUAAGUGUAUGUUGUUAUGUUUCCCCCCCACAAAUGAUGCUAUAUUUGUUGCCAUUCCCUUUGUUCAACUCAAUUUUACUUCUGCCUCUGUGCUGGCAAUACAUUAGACGUAGACAUUAGAUCAGCUCUGGUUAAAAACAAUGAAAUAAUAAAAAUUGUAUAAUAACACAGGAACAGAUCUGGAUGAAAGUUUUCUUAGUUGUCUUACGUUCAUUGUUUUUCACACUGUUUGUCACUGAAACGACCAGACAGCACUAGCGUAACACAGCACAUCCAGAAGGCAUUUUGUAAAUGAGUGAAAAUUCAACUAAAAUGAAACUAUGUACCUUUUAGAGCUUAACUGCAUAAUAGUCUUUUUGGUUGGGGUUGUGGAGCGCCUCAUCGCCGCAGGUGGAGAAAAACAAUCUUUCGUUCAAUUGACACGGCGAGCGGCGGCGCGAUAAUACGGAGCAAGCGCGCUCUAGGCGUGCAGCAUAGACUGCGUCUGCUAGGCCGACAAAACAUUUGCGUUAUGACCGACAUGUAUUUUUCUGCCUCCAGGACCUGCGAUUGUGAUUGGCUCGACAGCCCCAGCCACAAACCUCCUUAAUUUCAAGCCCGUUUGUGUCAUUCCUUUGAUGUAUAUUCCCAUUAAACUUUAUACCAGUAUUCUUGUUUCAGUGUUAGAUUUAGAACGAGGAAACGGUUUAUAGAGAUGGUGCUCAAACUGUGAUUAUGGCAAAAUAAUCAUCGCAACAUUCACAUGAAGACCUGCAGUGAUGUGAUGAAUAUAUAUAUAUAUAUAUAUAUUGUAAUUAAAGGAAGACACAGUAAACCUUUGCUGACAGACUGAAUAUGGAUGACCUUACUGAAUUCUACCGUUAUCAAAUGUGAUGAAUUAUAUAACUACAAUGAUUUAAAGAAUCCCGAGAAGUUGUGUUAUAUUAGUAGUAAUAUUGAAUGCUCGCGAUUUUGUCAAUCUGAAAUGAAUCUUUGUCUUGUAAUUAUUGUAAAUAUUUCAAAGAGAGAAAAAAUGACUUGCAUGUCCAUGUAUAAAACUACUAAAAUAGUUCCUGUCAAAGUUGUGAGGUUGAUUGAGUUUUAUUUCUUUGCCCUGGUCGCAGGUUUUCAAUGUUGGCCGCACGCUCGCUCGAUCGCUCGUCUUAAUGCAGCAUCUUUCGUUUUUUCGAUGAUGUCAAGGGUGAUGUAUUACGGAAAAGAAGAACAACGCUUUACCAUCAGAUUUAAUACAAUAUAUAUAUAUAUAUAUAUAUAGGAGAUAUAUAUAUAUCUCAGAGAGCCGUUAAUGGUUAAACUCUGGGAAAAGUGCUUCCCUCCAUUUGCACCGUUGAUGCAGUAGGUCUACAGUUCAAAUGCACACUUCAUCUGUAGCUUCCAGAAACCUUCAAAGUUUUUCUAGCGUUAACGCCUGCGCUGAGGUCAAAUUCAAAAAAACGUAUUAGCAGGGCAUUGCGUGAUUUAUGUUCGGACACUUUCACAAUCAGUGUCGGUUAGAGCUGUACAUAGCUGUUAGAAAACCUUAUGUCCGUAGACUGUAGCGUGUAGGGUGAAAUUCAGAAGCUAUGAUGUAAGACUUUGACGGAUGAUUUAAUAAACGAAUACGAAGAAUAGUUCAAAUGAAAGCAGAGUAAGAAAACGACGAACGCUAAAGAAUACAACACUCAUCUGUGCAAUACUAAGAAAAGGGCUUUCUCGCACGUCUAUAUGAAAGCACUGACUUCAAUAUUAUUGUGGAAAUCUACAGUUAAUUACCGUGGUUCCAACCGUGGCUUUAUGUGUCGACUUUUGCCCCACUAGGAUCUAAGUUAAACCACAAUGAGUUGGGCACCAAGGAUGGGAAGGAAGAAAUGAAAUCGAUUUCUGCAACUUUGACUGGAAUUGCAACUUCUGUCUUUUAUUUUCUGUGUGUGUAUGUGUGUACUGUAUUGUAAAAAAAGGAAAAAGAUACAAACAAACAACUUAAUUGUCCCUCUCUCCCCUUCUCUUGUAAUACUGUUUGAUGUUCUGUUUGGUUAGUGUGGCGUACCAGUAGCCCUCUCCUCUCUUAACCCUUUGCUAUCUUCCUUCCUACCUUCUCUCACAACCUUUCUCCCUCUUUUCUCCAUGGAUCUUUAAGAUGAGAACUCUAUGCAGAUGCUGUCUUUUAUAAGUGUGUCAAAAUUUUAAGUUGAAAUGAAAAUGAAAAAAGAAAAACCCCAAACAAACAGAUAUUAUGAACUGAAACAAAAAAUAAAGAAAAACGAUUGUCCAGUGUAACUGCUGUAAUGGUCUUCCAUACUUUUCCUUCUGUCAAGUUUCUGAAAUGCUCACAGGCGAAGAAUGAUUUCGGGUGAUGAAUAUCAAUAAAAGUUUAUUGUUUA